AGAAAAAAAGAAAGUAUACAUACAUUAAUCUAUGUCGAUUCUUAUGCGCAUGCGAUUAACGAAUAGUGGGGAAAUGAUAUUUUCCCUUCCUCGGAAAAAGAUAUUCCAUAUUUUUGGUCAAAGGGAAAUAUAUACUUCUAUUUUAAAAAAAGAAAAAAUGGGAAAACUUACUCAAGAAGAACGAGAGAAAGAUUUAAAACCAUUGUUAUUUAACAAUUGGUCUGUGCAACAAGAUAGAGAUGCUAUUUACAAAGAAUUUUUAUUCAAAAAUUUCAAUCAGGCAUUUGGUUUUAUGACCAAAGUUGCAUUGCAAGCAGAAAAAAUGAAUCAUCAUCCUGAAUGGUUUAAUGUUUAUAAUAAAGUAAACAUUACUUUAUCUUCUCAUGAUGUAAAUGGCUUAUCACAAAGAGAUAUUAAACUUGCAUCUUUUAUAGACAAUAUUGCUAAAAUGGAAGAAAACUAAGAUUAAGAAUAUAUAUAUAUAAUAAAAAUGAUAUAUAAUAAUAAUAUUAAUUUUUUAAAUAUUUUUAUAAUAAUAAUUAAUUAGAAAUGUUAUUCUGUUGUUAUAAAAUUUAUGAUAAUAGAUAUUUUAUGUAUUUCAUUACUUAUAAAUUAAAUAUAUAAAAUAAUUAAUGUUUAUUAUAUUAAUAAAAUUUGUUAUAAAUUUUUUUUAAAAUAAAAAUUUUAAUAAAUAUUAUUUAAAUAACAUAAUAUAUUAAUUAAAGUUAUAUAAUUUAUUUCUGAAUAAUUUACAAGAAAUUAAAUUUUCUAAAUAUCUAAGUUAUCUAAUAAUAUAUUAAAAAAUUAUUCAUUAGGGUUGGAAUCAUCAUUAGGAGGUGGUUCUUUGCCAAUAGCCCAAGCUUCUUUAAUAGCUUUUGAAACACCAGGACCAUUAUUUAUAAGUAAAAAUAAUCCACAUAAUGUAACUGCUGAGAGGAAAA